UUCCACAAUCGUCCUCCAAUUGGUUGUACUCGUGCACGUAUAUUAUACAACUAGAAGAUACAUCAAGAUGCGGUUAAUGUUGGUCGCAACUCUGUUGCUUGUUAUUAUAACGGUUGUUGAUGCGGGUAGAAGACACAGGGCACGAAAUAGAAUCCGUCACAGAUCUUAUGGACGUCAAGCCUCUGUCUCGUCGUCACGGAAACAGAUAAAUUGCAACAAAAUCCGGAGAAGGCAGGCCUGUAGCAAAUGCUGUUCUGUUGAUGGUAAUUGGGGCCAAUGGUCUGAGUUUAAUCCCUGCUCUGUAACAUGUGGUGAGGGAACACAGAGCAGAUCUAGAUCUUGUGAUAAUCCUCCUCCAGCUUAUGAUGGAGCUGAUUGUAAUGGUGAUGGUACUGAAACAAGAAGCUGUAACACGAUUGAAUGUCUUGUUGACGGUAAUUGGGGAGCAUGGUCUGAGUUUAGUGCGUGUUGUCCUGUAUGUGGUGUUGUUGAACAGACGAGGAGUAGAGUAUGUGACAACCCUGCUCCGGGGCCUGGUGGAGCUGACUGCCCUGGUGAUUCUGAGGAAACAAGGACUUGUGACAGUAAUGAUUGCUUGGAUAAUGCACCAAUUUCUCUAUGUGAAGGCCAGUCAUUUGACGUCAUAGUUCUUCUUGACGUUUCUGCUGGCUCUAUAACGGAUGAAGGGAUCGCGCAGGCAAGGAAUUUAAUACAGGGGCUUUAUACUGAAUUGAGAAUUGAUGGCAAUCUUAGGCGGUUCGGAUUCAUCGCUUAUGCUGGUGCUAUGGCUGAUUUUAAUCGCCUGGUGUUAGGAGCUGACGACACCGCAACACAGCAGUCUCGCAUCGAUGGUAUUUCUGUAAUAAAUGGACCACCAAAUCUUGAAACGGCAAUAAGCGUAUUAGUGAGUGAUUUUACAAAUCUUGGAAGAACAGGUAUUCGACAAAUUGGUAUCGUGAUAGGAGCUUCCGAUCCAUUUACAAUAGACGACGUAACCCGUUUCACCAACCCGGCGAAGGAGGCGAAUAUAGCUUUGUACGCUGUUGGUAUUGUUGACCUAGUAAAUGAGGAAUAUCUACAAGCAAUUGCCACCAAUGCAUCAGGAGCCAUUACCGCGACAUCCGAACAACUGGAAGAAACAGCUACCCGAUUAGAACAGCUGAUCUGCUUAUGUGAUAAAUAAAGGAAUGGAAUAUAUUUCCAUUGUUAAAUUAUUAAUAAA